AUGGCUAUUAAAUUAGAUCUUUCAAAAGCUUUUGAUCGAAUGGAAUGGUCGUUUAUUAUUCAUGUUUUUCGGUUACUUGGUUUCUCUGAUGAUUUCUGUGAUCUAAUCUACAUGUGUAUAUCUACUGUAACUUAUUCUGUGUUGGUUAAUGGAUCUCCUGGCGACAGUUUUACUCCUUCUAGAGGAAUUCGUCAAGGAGAUCCAUUGUCUCCUACUAUUUUUAUUCUAUGUAUGGAAGCUCUUUCCAAGUUACUAUUGCAUGCGGAACAACAAAAAUUAGUUACUGGUGUUAAGGUUCUUACUGGUAGUACUUCUGUUUCGCACUUGUUCUUUGCCGAUGAUGCUUUUUUAUUCACUAAUGCCACUAUCGUUCAGGCUAGGAACUUGCUGGAUAUUCUUAAUAUGUUUAGUCUUACAUCUGGUCAGACUGUUAAUUACCAGAAAUCUGGUGUUUACUUUUAG